UCCACGAGGUCGAGGUCAAUAAUAACAAUGGCGCAUAACUGUUGCACGAAGGAGAAGGUGAGGAAAGGGUUGUGGUGCCCAGAAGAAGACGAGAAGCUCUUCAACUUCAUCACAUCCCAUGCGCCUGCUUCUUGGAGCUCUGUUCCCAAGCUCGCAGGUCUGGAAAGGUGCGGGAAGAGCUGCAGGCUGAGGUGGAUGAACUACCUGCGGCCCGAUCUGAAGAAGGAAUGUUUCAGCGUCGAGGAGGAGACGAUGAUCAUCCACCUCCACAGGAUGCUGGGCAACAGAUGGGCUCAGAUCGCCAGGCAUUUGCCCGGUCGCACCGACAACGAGAUCAAGAACUUCUGGAACUCCUGCGUCAAGAAGAAGCUUAUCUCCCGAGGCCUGGACCCCAACACUCACAAUCUCCUCCCCGCUCCCAAAACAGCCCAUUUUAAUUACUCAUAUCAUCUCAACAAUAACAACUAUAAUAAUCAGUACUGCUCAACCAGCUCAUCAACUUCUUCUUCUCAUGAAUCGUCACCUUUGGCACUAUUCAGCGUAGGCGUAGCUCCUCCUGAUGAUAUCAAUGUCGACCACGUCCCCUUUAUCAACUGCAACGGCGAUACUCUAGUAAUUAACAACAUAGCCUCCGCCGCCGCCGCCGCCGCCGGGGGAUCAGUCAUGGAGGAAGCCCAGCAAGUAGGAGGGCUACUGGCGGAGUGCUCGGACAGGUUGUUAGAUUUCGAUGAUUCCUGGCGUCUCUGUGAUUUCUCCUACUUGAACUAG